CCCAAAUCGCUGAAUUGCUCUGCCCCUUGACUGCCUCGGCAUCCUCUCCAUCACUGCCAUUGCGAGGAAACCUCCUACUUCUACGUCGCGCUAGCCAUGACCCGCGCUUCUGCGGCAGGAGCGGCCUCGAACCACAAUCAUGGGCGGGCACCCUCCGGCUCACUCGGCCACGGCCACCUCGAGGCGCAGCAGCCUUCUCGUCUGUUUGAAGAGGUGCGGGUUGCCAUCCUCGAGGCCAGAGAAGAGCAGACACAACGACAGGCGGAAGUCAAUGGGGACGAUGACGGAGAAGGAGGAGAUGGUGAAGCCAGCCGGCUAAUGGCCACCAUUGAGACGACGCCCGUCUAUCCUCUCCUCCAACUCAUCCGCGGCGACGUUCGCCUAACUAUCGACACAGGUCUGACGUGGGAGGAGCUCACAGGCCACGAGCUCAACUUCGCCGUUGUACGACCACUUGCCCGCAAGUACUCGAAGCUACACAGCCCUGCCAUUCUGUACGCCUUUCUUGUCACCCGCAUCUACUUCCUCAGGGAGGCAGACAGGGAUUUGGCAUACCAGAGCGUCAAUCAGGCGCGCGCUAGCCUGUGCGAGAUCUUAGCUAUCAAGCUCCUCCGUACUUUCGCGAGCGAUGGGCUCGACCUGGUCACCGCGCUCAGCGCUCCCUUCUGGCCGUUUGCUGGAGCAGACGAAGAUGUCAUGUCCAACGUCCAUCGCCGCGGCUACGCAGAGAAGGACCCGCUCAAUGAAUCGACAUCGACCCUCCAGCUGGCCAUCUACUCUACCGCCAAGAAAUUCAUCGCUACUCCACUGGUGCAAAAGUGCGUUGACGGAAUCUACAGCGGCAAAGUCGUUUUGGGCAACAGCAGCGCAGCAGGCCAUGCAAUCAUCGACGACUCGUACAAGAAGAGGCCCGUCUGCUUCUACGACCCGGCUACUGCCCCCUUCCUCGACCAUCGUCGUCUUCGUGUGCCCCGGGUACGCAGCUGGCUCGAAGCUGCAAACUUCGUCGCCAUCCUUGCGGCGUACAUCGUCUGUCUAGGCAGCGAAGGCACUCAUGAGUGGACGGCGGCAGAAACCAUCUUUAUCAUCUGGCUGAUAGGAUUGGCAAUCGAUGAGCUCGCCCAAGUCAAAGAGCACGGCUGGAGCGUAUAUGUCGGGUCUCUUUUCAAUGUCCUUGACUCGGUAUUCUGCGUCAUUGGCUUCACCUGGUUCGGCAUCCGCCUUGCCGGCCUCAUCACAGGCAAGGCAGAGCACACCGAAUUUGCAUUCAACGUCCUCUCCCUCGGAGCCAUCCUACUUUGCCCCCGUAUGGCAUCGCUACUGGUAAGCGACAAUGUGCUCUUGCUCGCGCUUCGAGCCAUGGUGGUGGAGUUCAGCUACUUUCUCGGCCUGGCCCUAGUGUUCUUCAGCGGCUUCCUCUGGACAUUUUGGUCUCUCUCCGACUCGUCUAAGUGGACGCCAGCCACGAUCGGCUGGCUGAUGCUACGCUUCACCUUCGGAAACACGAUCUCGCUCGAGCAGGCGCAGGAGUUUUCCCCGACGUUCGGACCGUGGCUUGUGGUAGCCUUUACUAUCCUUGCACAGACGUUGCUCCUCACCAUCUUGAUCAGUCUGCUCUCUGCCACCUUCUCCCGCGUUGCUGCACAUGCGCAAGAAGAGUCGCUUUUCCAACAUAGCUACUCGACACUGCAAGGUGUCUCAUCCGAGGCCCUCUUCUCCUACUUUCCGCCACUCAACAUCCUCUGCCUCCUCAUAGUCCUCCCGGCCACCUUCUUCUGCAGCCCACGCUGGGUGCACAAAGUCAAUGUCUUCAUCAUCCGCCUCACCCACCUGCCCAUACUCUUGACAAUCAGGCUGGUGGAGCGACACGACUACUGGACUAGGGGCGUGGAGCUUGCUGCUGCGGAGACGAAGAAGGGUCUGAGGGGCCACUUGAUUGAAAGAUUGACGACUAAGAGACGGACGCAGUUCGACAUCAUCGAGGUGGCGUUCAGUGAGAUUGUAGCCGAGGGGGAAGAGAGAGGCGACAGGGGAAGAGACGGCUCAACGGCAGCCAAGGACAGUAACCUGAGUAGCUACGACUCCCAGUAUCAGCGGCGGCAAACCCAGGCGCAAGACCAGCAGCAGCAGACAAGCCAAGACUCGGGUCCAAAGGAUACCCCCAGGGACCAUCGCCAGCUGGAGCGGGUUGUGACGACCGACUCGGUGAAGAGCAAUCGUAGCUAUCCGGACAGUCCUGGAGCCACCAUACGGCGUGCAAGAGAUGCAUUCGCCGCCGUCUCAGGGAAGGGCGGCAAUGGCGGGAGGGUAGUCAUUGUCAAUGCCGGCAAUGGAGGCAGUGGCGGCGGCGGCGGCGGCCAGCCAUCCGGCGUCGACCUGAUACGCCAAGACACCUUUGCCAGCCUCUUCUCACCAUCGCGGCCGCAGCGCAAGGGCGGAAUCAGGAGGGCCAGGACACAAUCACCAUCGAUGCGUCCGCCGCAGGAGGAGGGCGAAGAAGAUGGCGAGGGGGAUGAAGACAAGCCUGCAAAGAGACGGGGCCUCUGGAGCAAGAGAAAGGCCGCUAAGCAGGCAGAGGCAGGUGCAGAGGCGGACACGAGUGCCUCAUCGCAACGACGCAAGGAGCAGCUCAAUCUCGACGACAGUGUGGAGCGAAAGGACUAUGCCGAGAAUGAAGAGCGGGAAGACGACGGUGAUGAAGAAGCCUCAGACGACGAUGACGGGAACGAGGCAGGCUCAGUCGGUAGCGAAGACGAGGACUCUGGGCCGAGCAACGCAGCCUGGGGCGACGUGAUGUUGCGCUUCCUCGAGCGAUUGGACGAGCAAGCCCAGACGACGGAUCGGAUCGAGGAGAUGCUGAACAGGAUUGUUGCAUCGAAGGAGGGUGGAGAGCUUAGUGAUGAGAAGCCCGGCGAUCAAGCGGGAGAAGGUGGGAAGUGAAAGUGACCGGGACCGGGACCGUGACGGGGUGACCGGAGAGCAGGCGAUUAGACGCCGUAGUGUACCCUUCGCCAAGUCCAUGUCUUCAGACUCUGUAAUUAUGACCAUCGUCAUUCACCAC